GAGAGCUCAGGCUGUGAGGCAGAAUGUAUAUACAUGUGUGUGAGUUAAGGCAGCCAGCUCACUCAGGAUAGGUGAAAGUAUAGGAACAGGGGUUCCUGGUUAAGACAUUCUAGAAAAAGGAAACAGAACAGGAAAACUCCAAAGGAAGAGGAAGGAUUGCACAUUGGCAAGGCAGAUAUUGCAGUAUUAGAAACAGGAGCAGUUGUGAUCUAGUGACAAACCUGUAUUUGAAUGGGCUUGGAACGUGUUUCUUUUGGAGAACUGCCUUUUAAAAUUCCCACAAUCCCUUUCCUUUCCAUCUGUGUCGAGAAAAAAAAAAAACAUAAGGAAACAAUUUUUUUAUGAAAAUACAGUGAGUAAUAUAUUAAAAUAGCCAAGUGUCUUCCUUUUCAAAAAUGGAAAAAAUGAAGUAGUUAUGUCAGAUGCUAGAUACAUAUAUAUAUAUAUAUAUAGAAAAAAAAAGUCCCGCAACUCAUCAAUAAUAGCAUUUGGUUAUUUUACAGUCAAAGAACAUUAAAUACCAAACAUAAGUUAGGUGGAUAGUUUGGUUUUCAACGAAAAGUUAAAAGAUUAUGAAAAUAUAUAAUACUAGUUCAAAUCUUGUAGAAAGAUUUUGAUCUGUACAGGAGGUAACAUGGAAGUGGGCAUGAUGCUGAACUCCAGUCUAACUUCACAGACCUCGUUAGGCGAUCCUGUGUUGUCACAUGGACGGUCUUGUGAUUUUGUAGAUUCAGAGAAGAAUGGAAAAGCUGGACAUGAACCCUGGAUAAAUAAUUAUGAAGCCCAAGAUGAGAGUUCAGGUCUUGGUGAAAAAAUGAUAACCAGCGAAAUCGCAAAGGAGAACAAAUGUAAUGAAGACUUUGAAAUUGUAACUUCCAGUUGGACAGUAGUUGAAGACGAUAAAUCAGAGGAACCAACAAAUGGGAAAUUGGUAACCAAUGAUGGAGAAAUAUCAAGUUUGGCAGGGUCAACUGAUGAAUCUCCAAAGAUAUCUAAUACGAUUUUGGUUCAAGAAAAAAUAGGAGAUGACCUCAGCUUGGACCUAAAACAUCUAUCAAGCACCAAAGGGCAAUCUUCCAUUUAUCAAUCUAGGAAGGCAUAUUUUAUAAGAACCGUUAGUCUGACAGAGAAAGAGCUAAAGGAAGCACAGAAUAUUAGUGACAACGAUGCUACCCAGCUGAGCCCUACUCAGGGGAGUUGCUCUCGGGGAGCCCUGCUCUUUCAUCGCCGGCGUCAGAAACUGAAAGCACUAGAACAACAAAAAAUUGCAAAACGUUCUGAGUCAUUAGACACACAACAGAGACACAGCAUUCCAGUUGCACAAAGUUCACAACAUGGUCUACAGACUUUACAGGCUGUAAGAACAAAGCCUGGAGUAGGCUCUGGACAUAAAACAUCUGCAAACAACAUGGAAGAAACAUCAUCCGAUACUGGAUAUGAAGGGGAGUCAGAAAACAAAUGGGGUGUUGAUGUGAAAGGGUUGGAAUUCCCUCCCAUAGAUAAAAGAGCACCUUCGCCAAGUGCAUCAGAAGAAGACCAUCAAGUCCCUCUGAGUACCCAUCUAAAAGAAACUUUGGUGGUGUCAUCAAGUAAUGGUUUUGAUGAUCAAACAAAUAUAGAGUCAGGAUCCAUUCUGAAAAAUGAAGAGGUCAUGCAGAAUGGUAAACAGAACAAACAAUACUGUGAGGUUCACCUCACUUUAUCUAAACCAAUAUCUGUGAGUAACAGAACAGCUAAGCCAUUUGGAACACAGUCAUCUGCAAAGAAGAUUCUGCCUUCUUCGGAAAUGUCACCUGUAAUAGACCUCCCUCCUCCACCUACUUAUGCUGAGACAUUAUCAAGUCCUCCUCCAGUGACCCGCAUUAUAUCACCUCCUGCCUAUUCUGCUUUAUACCCAACAGAUAGAAACACAGAACAUUUUAAACCUGUGUUGAAUGUAGCUAAUCAUAGUGAAACUAGACUUACACCACAGCCAAAGACAGGUAUUUUAGAAGAUAUAGGAGCACGCAGAGGAACUAAGAAAUCCAUGUUCACAUUUAUUGAAAAGCCAAAAAUGACACCAAAUCCAGAUCUGUUGUCUAUGGUGCAAACUGCAGAUGAGAGGCGGAAGAACAAAGAUCAUGUUGAUGUACCUACUGAGGAGGAACCCUUUGCUCUUGGAGCAGAGGCUUCCAAUUUCCAAAAUAAUAAAACUGUAAAAGCCGAAGUUGAUGCAGGCCAAACUCAUAAGGCACCUGAAUGGGUAACCUGCCUGAAAUCCCCAGAUUAUAAAUUAAAACCCCCUCCUGCACCUGUACAAACUCUGACAGAGGCUAAAGGAAAAGGGGCAGAAUUGUUUGCCAGGAGGCAAUCCAGAAUGGAACGGUUUGUGAUUGAGUCUCCAUCACCAUAUGAUGUCAGAUCUCCUUCCCCUACCAUGUCAUUGCCACCCUCAUGGACUUAUGCCUCUAAUGCCCAGUCUUCUCCUAAACAAAUUGUUCAUCAAGUCAAAAUCAACCAAAGAUCACCUAAGCCUUGCUCUACUACACCACAUGUGAAUACUUCUUCAGAAAGUGUUCAGUCACAGAAAGAGCUUGAAAUUUCCAAACGGCAACCAUAUCAACUUCAGUCUUCACUCUUCAUACUUUCCCCAGCCAAAGAUCCUUUGAGUUCUCUUCCAAAAGCAGCUCCACCUCCCAAACCCAUGGUAAUGGAGUAUAAACACUUUAAAAGACAAUCAUCAUGCCCAACCUCUCCUGUGAUUUCCUCUCCCACCAUUUAUUCUCCUUCUCAUCUUCAUUCAAUGAGAUCUCCUACUACUAAUCCUUCACCUUCUCCCACUAGUGUUGGAAGACAGACCCCAACCAGUCAGAUAUCUCCAGCUUCUCCUGUUCCUUUCACAUAUACAGGUGUGCCACCUUCAAGAACCAAAACUGUAAUACAAGCUCCACGGCCAUCAUUCUCUGCCAGAAACGCCGGCUUGGAAUCUCAGAAAUCUCCUAACCAAAGGGUUUUACGGCACAGAGGAUCUCUUGAUGGCUGGGGAAAUUCAGCUUUGUCAUUUAAGCCUGUGUAUGAGGAAGAAUCUGGAAUUCAGAGCCCUCCACCCUUUCGUUCAAUGUCACCAGCAUGGAGUGACCGGUCACCUUCUCCUUUUAAAGUGGAGAAUGACCUCAAGUCUGGAAGCCAAAUGAAAGCUUUAAUUGCCCGUAAUAUCAUCAAUGCAGCAAAGCGUAAGAGCACAUCACCGUGGGGUGUAACAAGUCCACAGUCCCCCACUCCGAGUGGUGGAAUUUGGAGUGUUGGCAAUGGAAGCCCUCUUCCUGAAACACCUAGGGCAAGACGUUCACCAACAGGUUCAGACAUAUCCCUGGAGUCAGAAGAUUCUGGAGCAAAGUCUCCAGGAUUCCGGAGCUAUGCAUUUUCACCCAGAGGAUGGUAUGGGAGCAUGAGGCUUAAGAGGGAUAGCCUACCUACAAAUCAGUCUUUUACAUACACACCAUAACUGCACCUUUAAACCCAGCUUUUGAGCUGUAUUUCUUAUAAAUAACUCACAUAUAAUGAGUGACCCACAACUAUUACUGCCAAGUCAGGAUGACCAAUAUUUGGAAUUUAUAAAUAUUGGGAAGCAAGCAAAAUUUGACUUGAUCAGCUAUGACUUCAAUGAGUAAGACUCAACAGAAGCUUAUGAAACCACUGACAAUAAAUUUGAUUAUCACCUUAUUCCAAUGAUAUGUUGACAUUUUAUUUUCUGUCGGUGAACUGAAGCGCCUUUUCUAAAAAAUAUUUUACAUUUUCAUAAGCACUCCUUAAUUGCACCUAGCAAAUUAUAUCAAUUUGUAAUCAUGUUUUUAACUGAGACUUGUGAUGCAAACUAUGAUUUAAGGCUUGUUGGAAGAUGGGAUGUGAUAAGUAACAAUCUUUAUAACGAUACAGAAGAAAAUAUUAAAGAAAAUGAAGGUAAAAGUGGAAGAUGAUUGAUAAAAGAAACACAGGAUAAAAUAAAACUGAUAAUAGCAGGAUUUCGUUCCUAGAUUACAGCUGGCUUCCUUUGUGCGAAUAAUCUAUCAUAAAUCACAUCUGUGUGCCUCCAGAAAGAUUCUGAUUGUAUCGGUCAGAAUUUCAUUUUUAAAACUGCACUGGUCCAAUUUUUUUUCUUCAUUUUGAUCUGUCCAUCUGAAAUGAAUACAGUUUACCUCUUCACUGCCGGAAUUUAGAUAGUGACGUUGUGAGAGAGGACCUCGUAGUGGAUAUACAUCCACGGCUGCCUUUGCACUGAUAAUAAAGCCCUCUCAGUAUUGUUGCAUAGGCUUUGACGCUGCACAUUUAUAAAUGCACUACAUUAAAUGCUUCCAGCUUUCGUCUGCCGGGAAAUGUGCAUAGAGCUCUGUGACAUAAAUAUAUAAACAUGUUAUCAAAUUCUGCUUCAAAAUAAAAGGGACAGGUAUAUGUAACACUAUUCAAACUUGUAUCAUGAUUGGAUGAGUGCAUAAUAUUGGUUGGUCUAACUAAAUGCUCAGUCAAAUGGAUGUAGUUAGGUAGAGCCAAGCUUCAAUUUGAGUGCAGAUUAAUUUGAACCUACUCACACAAUGGCUGCAAAAUGUAUCUCAUGUGGCCUUUUACCAGUGAUGGUACCAUUUACACCAUAUGUGCCCCUUGGCUCUAAUGACUGCAUGCACGUCUCAUGUUUCCCUUGGUCAGUGAUACCUGCAUUUAUAAAGCAGUGUAGCAAUUAAAAAUGAAAUGUUACAUGCUAAAUGGCUUGGUGUGAUCAGUAGAUAGCCUCGUCUAGUUAGAGCUGAUGUCAUCACAUAUCAAACAUAACAGCCUAAGUAAAAAGAGAACACGGAGGAGAGAUAUAUUGAUGGGGAGUAAAAGGAACUCAAUUUGCUAGUAUGGAAGAGAUGGGUCAUAGGGUACAGAUGUUAAAAUGCUAUAUGGCAUGAUGUAAAGAUGCCUAUAUUAAGCAUGGAAAUGGACUGAUGUGAUGUGUUUAAACAAUAAGGAUAAAAUGAAACUGAUGUGGAAGACUGGCACUAGGUAACGGCAUAGAAGGUGGAACAAUCAGACUAGAGUUGAUGGAGAAGUGACUAUUGAUGUAAAAGUAAUAGUAACUGGGAGAAGAGGACAUGUAAAGGAGUGAGCAAUUACUGAUUGAGACAGGUAGACUGAUGUAAAAAACAUGGACAACUAAGAUGGGUUAUUAAAAUUUAGAGGAUGGAGUGAGCUCUGGUAGAGGGGAAAUUAAUCAGAAAGAGAGAGAGGGAUGAUGGUGUAGAGCAGGAGAUGAGCAGAUAUAAAAUGAGUUGUGUAUUGUGGAGACAAAAAGCACAUGUAGGUGGAAUGAGAUGGAAGAAGAGGAAGGGUUAGAUGAGAUUGAAAUUAGUAAACGGGAUGUGGACAUUUUCAGAGCUUUUCAUUGAUCUCUAGAGGGCUCAUAAAUUGUACACAUAACUGGCAUAGAUCAUCCACAAGGUGUUAUUAUUUAGUCACCAGUCAAAAUGGCGCUCCCUGGAACAAAUCAUUUUAGAAUUAUUCUUCAAAGGGAUUUUUUGAUACUGAACUAAGGGUAUGAGAUGUAUUUACAUUUUUUCAUGGCAAUCUAUUAAUAUAGAUUCUCACAAUGGCAUUUCACCAGAUGUCACUGAAACAACCCUACUAUAAAUUCUUGAGAAUGUUGUGGGUAGCCAGGUAAACUAUGAACCCUAAACAAUUUAUCUAGGGUUGAAAAGCAUUAAUCAACAUUGUAAUCUAACUGCUACAAUAUUAAAAGCAUAUAGAUUUUACAGGGAGGAUUCAGGUUAGGAAUUAGGACUCAUUUCAUCCAACAGCAAAUCAGAAUACAUGAUAAAUAUUUUCUAAAUUCAUGCCACCUGAACGUUUGCACCAACACAGAGCAGAAUGUACUAAAGCAUUUGAUGUUCACUCUAAAAUAUUGUGAGACUAUGUUAUUGUAUACACCUGUCCCUAUUGUUUUGGAAGACAUAUACAUCAUUCUCAUAUAUAAGCAAUUUAUAAUAAAAAAUUAUGUAACGUUGCAAAACAUCUACAAUGAAUAAAACAAAUCUGGAUUGUUAUAA